AUGAAUGUUGAAUAUCUAAAAACCGGAAAACUAAUUGGUAAAAUUGAAAAAUUAAGUGAAAGUUCAAAUAGAUUAAAGCAAACAUUCGACAGUAAAAAUAAUGAAGAUAAGAUAAUUUUAGGAGAUGAUAAAAUAACUUCGUUAGGACAAGCAACCGAAAUUUGCAAAACAGAAAAAGCCCAAUUGAAAGAAACCAAACUUCAAUUAAAAACAAUUCGUAACAAUUUGACCGAAAAAGAAGUGCGAUUAGGAAAAACGCAGAGUAAUUCAGAAAAGACUGAACUCCAGUUAGAAUCCAUUAUUCGUAAUAAUUUAACCGAAGAAGCGGGUAGUCAUCGUGAAACCAAAGAGCAAUUAGAUAUUGUGCUGGCUGAAUUAGAACUUGCUAAAAAAGAUCGGGAAGAGACUAAACGUCAAUUAGAAACCAUUCGUAAUAAUUUAAAUGAAGAAGUAGGUAGACAUAUUGAGACAAAAGCGCAAUUAGAGUUUUUCCUGGCAGAAUUAGAUCUUGCUAUCAAAGAUCGGGAAGAAACCAAACGUCAAUUCGAAUAUAUUAAUAAUAAUUUGACUCAGGAAGCAGGAAGGCAAACCUCGGAGCAACUUGAGCAUUUCCUAAUUGAAAUAGAUCUUGCUAAUAAAGAUAAAGAAGAAACUAAACUUCAAUUAGAUACCGUUCGUAAUGAUUUAACCGAAGAAACAGCUAGGCAUCUUAAAACCAAAGAGCAAUUAGCAACUGCGAAGAGUAAUUUAGACAAUGCUAAUAAAGAUCGGGAGGAAACUAAACUCCAAUUAGAAACCAUUCGUAACCAUUUAAAUGAAGAAGUAGGUAGACAUUUUGAAACCAAAGAGCAAUUAGAGUUUUUCCUAGCAGAAUUGAAUCUUACUAAUAAAGAUCAGGAAGAAACUAAACGUCAAUUCGAAUCAAUUAAUUAUAAUUUAACAGAAGAAGCAGGUAGGCAAACCUCGGAGCAGUUUGAGCAUUUCUUAAUUCAAAUAGACCUUGCUAAUAAAGAUAAAGAAGAAAUUAAACGUCAAUUAGAAACUAAUUUAACAGAAGAAACAGCUAGACAUCUUGAAACUAAAGAGCAACUAACUUUAAUGCAGGCUGAAUUAGAACGUGUCAAUAUCGUACUUGAAGUAUUGAAACUAUUAAGGGAAGGAAAAAGAGAGUUACACGGAUCCAGCAGG